GUCCCUUAACCAUUUACCAUUUUUUAUCUGCGGUCGACUUAUUUUCUUUUGUGUGUGUUCAAAUAAUGCAGAAACCAGUAAAGUUGUGGAUAUUAUACCCAGAAUCGCAUAUGGUGCUGAUAACACUAAUAUAUUGUAAUAUGCAGGAAUCUUGUAUGUCGAAUGCGAGAGAUACAGGAGUUGUGCAAAAAGGCUGGUGUGAAGGUUGGGACCGGUCAAAAAGGCUGCACAAUCAGUGUAAUGGGAUGUUCUCAAGCUGGUACAACUACUGCAGAAGGUCUGAGACAUUGCAGCGUCAUUGUGGUUCUAUAGGGAAGUUAUACAGGAAUGUUAAGUUGAUGGUUCUGGGUCUCGGUUUGUCUGUUGGAUGUCACUGGACAACCGAGAGCUGGUGGCAUCAAGCUAGCAUUUUUUCUCAGCGUAAAAGAUUCUAUUUUGUUGGAAUAUUACUGAAGUGGGAUAUCCGUGAAAAUGGCUUGACUAUUGUGCAUUUAUUGCUGCUGAGGACCGGUUUCAUGCUGAUGUACAACAUCUGGAGCUGGUGCAGAUGGGUGUAUGAUGAGCAUCGGAGCUGGGCCUUAUAUCCAUUCAUGAAGGCCGACAAAAGGAAACUCUGGCCUGCUGUAUUUUGGGCUAAAACUGAGGCCCAAUUGAUUUCCCAAAUCCCUGGUUCAAUGCUGGUUAUGAAGGCCCAAACUGGGGAGUUUAGGAUGCAACCGAGGCCCAAUUGA